GAGUACCUUUGUCUGAAAGCCAGUCCACUGACGGAUAAACAGCAUAUGAGAUACAAAAGAGCCAUUCAGAAGUAUAUGUUAACCCUACAAACGGGACCCCAUAAAUAUGGCAUGCUCAACCUUCUGGGGGUACUUCAAUACCAAGAUGGGAAAACAAAUGAAAGUAUUAAAAGCUUUGAAAGCAUUCUUAAAGAAGAUGGUGAAAACUUGAAUGCCUUAGCCAACCUGGAGUACGUUUACAGGGAACUUUCUUGUGUCUCAAAAGCCGAACAAUAUAAGAAGAAGUUAGAAGAGUUGAUGGGUGGAGAGGAACCCAGUGAUGAAGAGAGAAAACGACGGGGGAGGUGUUUAUUUGAGCAGGGUUACAUGAUUGCAUUUGAUGUAAAUGUAACAACAAAGCAGGAAAAACGCAGCAAAGUUUGUGCACGAGCUCACAAGUCAUACAUGCAGGCGUGGCAAGAGGCAGGAGAUUUAAUCGAUGAAGUGGAAAGAACUGAAUGGUGUUUUUUCAUUGCUCACAAUUUGUCGCAAAUUUACCGUAAUCAAUCAGUUCUAGAGAGCAUAGAGCUGAACAAAGACAGUGCAUUUAUGUUGAUCAUUAAGCUCCUUCAUAAAGUGACAAAAGGCAAAGACAACCAUUACAAAGCACAAGGAUGGCUUCACUUGGGUUGUGUUUUGGGCAAUGUGUUCAUUGAAAACAGCAAGAAACACACAGAAGCUGAAACCAUUUCACAUAUUUCAGCGGAAAAAACAAUGCAACAGCAUAAUCAGCAGCAGGCACUUCAAGAUGACUUCAGUAAGCUCAGUGCCUAUAUAGAUUCUAAGCAACAAGAGAAACCCAAGACUGAUGUACAUGUACCCAAUUUCAUUAAGGAAAAUGGCUUACUGGAAUACUUCAAGGAGCCUGAGCUUUGUUUCUUUUGGGCAGAAAAAUAUGCCCCUGAAAGAACAGAUACCCUUAACAGAUAUGCUAACUAUUUGAAGAAAAGGGAUGAUAAAGAUUCUAGAGAUUUUGAGAAAGCCGAGACCCUUCUCUUGAAGUCCAUAGAGUUGGAUGAUGGAGAAAGUAAUUGGUUUGCAUACCUACUAAUGGGCAAUAUGUAUAAGGAUCUAUAUAGAAAUAAGUGGUAUGACAAAGUGCUUUGGGGCAAGGGAGAGCUCCCAGAGAAGGAAUUGGGUAUGGCUGCUCAACAGUAUUACAAAGAGGCUGUAAAAAGGAAUCCAACACCACAACUCUAUGCCAAUCUAGCUGAAAUAAGUCAUUUUCUUGGUAUUAAUGAAAGGAGAGAGGUCAUUGAUGAGGACCAGAUCUUAGAAGCGGUUAUUAACUUUAAGCAUGCUUUGGAAAGUUUGGAUGGAGAAAAGGAUCCAAGUAUUCACCAGAGAAGAGGUCGGUGUUUAAAAGACUUUGACCAAGAGAAGAGUGCUGUUGAAAGUUUCAAGAAGGCUAUAGAAACCCAAAAGCAUAAAAGCAAUCAAACGUAUAGCUUCCGCUGGCUGAUUGACAUCCUUGCACAAUGGUGCCAGAAAAACAAGCAGAGGCUGAGAGAUGUUGAUGUUGAGGAGGCAAAGAGUCCUGAAAAUAAUUCUGUAAAUCAAUCAGAAAACAUCUCAGAACAUGCAAAAGCCAAAGCAGCUUGCAAGAAAACAAGAGGAGAACUACAGUAUUGGUUUGGUGAAGGAUGCGACAAAUUUCAACAGAAAACCCUAGAUAAAGAGAUUCAGCGAUUUUGGAAUCCAAAAGACGACAAAAUUACAAGCUGUCCAGAUGUCAUGGUGGAUUUGUACAGUGAUCUUUUGCAGAAUAAUAAGAAGAUGCUAGCAGACCGUUUGAAGAAAGGCUUGAGUGACUUACUAGCACACUAUGAAAAUAGCACUAACCAACCAAGGCCAGGUCCUGGUGAAGCACAGACAGAUGCUCCUGUAUCAGGGGAUAAGGCUGCCUCCAAAAUGCUCAAUGUUGAGGUGACACAAACAGAAGCAGAAGCAGAUGUUUUACCUGCUGGGAGUAAUCUGAAGGAGUUCUUCUCAGACUAUGUAAGGAAACUUGAUGAGGUUGAUAAGGAAUUCGAGAGAAAGGCAAUGGCCAAAACUACAGAAGAUACUGAAAAUGCAGAAGGAACAGAGAAGAGCAGUGAAAGUCAACAAGUGGUGCCAUGUGAACAGGACCUCCCUCCGACACCUCCUGUUCCGCCAUCUUCCAGUGAGGAGUCAAGUUCUGCUCCUGCUCCAUGCACAGAGGAAAAGAAAACCAAAGAUGCUCAGACAAUGACAGAUUCUGAAGAAAAUUUGCACUUACAAAAUAAGAAAUUUGAACGUUGUGAUUCCACAUUAGAAUCAAUCCCUCCACCUCCCCGCAAUGCUAAAAACAAGAAAGGAAAACUGUAUGACUUCUAUGUUAUUUACUCAGAAGAAGACUCGGACUGGGUGUCUUACCACUUAUUGACUACUCUGGAGGGCACGCAAGGGUUUAAGGGUUGUGUCAAAGAGAGAGAUUUUAUUCCAGGUACAUUAAUUCUUAAAUCGAUAUUGGAAAGCAUUGAAAACAGCUUUAAAGUAUUAGUUAUAUUUUCAAGCAGAAAACCGGACGACAUGUAUGAAUAUGAAGUGGAUCAAGCUGUCUUGCAGAGACUUGACUCAAAACAGAAUUCUUUUAUAAUUCCAAUUUGUAGAGAAAGCAAGACUGAUGUGCCAAAAAAACUAAAAGAUGUUAAUGCAUGUUUUAUGGUGAGUGCCCACGAUUGGGAAAAACUGGAACGAGCUCUGGAUGAUGACAAUGCACAGUAAUAUGUUAGGAAAACAUAUGAACUAUAUGUUGAUUAUUGUGAGGGUUGAACUAUUUGUGAUCAGUCAAACCCCCUGCGAAAAUUUGUUUCAUGUUAUGUUCACUUACGGUUCUCAAUCUCUUCUAGAUCAUUUGGUGUAUUUUUUUUUUACAGUUUUAAUGUUGUUCUGUAAUGAAUGUAACAGUUCAAGAACUGUUUUUGGGGGAGUCCUUCUGAAUGUCCUAGGACAGUUUAAGAACAUUUUUCAUUAAACGAGAAAAACAUGUUCUAGGACAGACUGAGAACCGCAAGUGAAUGUUAAAUGAGACAAGUUUUCACAAGGGACUUCUUGUGAAGUUCUUUGUUGACUGGAUGCAAAGAAUUUGAAAUUAGAGAGCACCCAGACUGCAGAGAACAAGGAGAUUACUAAAAUUGAUAACAGAAGCAAAAAGUUUAUUGGACUUAUUAAUAUUAGGAUACCAGUAUUCAGUUGAAAUUUAAAUGAGUACUGUUUUUCCCUUCAGAAUAAGUUUUCCUGAAAUUUUCAUAAAAAAUUGUGAAGAAAUUUUAGACAUCCUAUCCACUAUAAAACAGAUGACCAAAAAUGAUGACAGAAAAUCGUAUUUCAUUGACAGUAGUAAUGUGUUUCAGACAAAAGGUAUUACAAAAGCUAUUGAAUCUAGGAAGCAGUUUGGCUCACCCUUUGUCCAAAAAAGGAGAAAAUGUGCCUUCCACUGUUAUUA